AGGUGGGCCGUUGGGGCUGGAGGGGGCAGCCGGGGGCUGGCCCGAGUAGGAGCAGGAUUGUGACAUUUCCCCUGCACCCACGCCCGGUGGAGCCCACGGGGCCAAACUGAACGUGAGGGGAUUGCUAAUGAGCUAGAGGAGAGUUAAAUAUUCCCCUGCUCCAGAGGGCUGAGCUGGGGUGGGAGAGAGAAGGGGGAGGCGGGGCACUAGGAGGGGCAGCCCGAAACCGAGGAAUGUGCGGAGGCCACGGCUCCCAGCUUCUGGCUCCCGGUCAGGCUGUUCUGGAGCAGGGGGCCAGGGCCCGGUGCCUCCAGCCCCAGCAGGAGCUGCUAAGCCAGCCAGCAAGGGGAUUAACGGGGCUGAACAGUCUGCCUUCCUUCGGGCUGAUGCCAGAAGAGUCAGAGGACAGAAAACCCCAAGGAUCAGGUCAGCCAAGCAAUAGCAAAAUCCAUCAUCUCGGGGCUGGUGCUUGGGCAGGAAUUAGAAUUGUAGGGCACUUGCAUGGUUCCUAAAGGGGGUUCCCUGGCAGGAAGGCCCUGAGGGCAAGCAGGGUCACUCCUCCCAGCCCCUCCCCUCUCUAUCCCUAGGAGGUGGGGCAAGGGCACCCACCUGGGCCAUGGCCCCGCCCCCCUGCCCCCAGGGGGCUGGCAGGAGCUCUGCUGGAGACCCUGCCCUGGCUUAGGCAGCUGCUGUGGGCGGGGCCCCUGGCCUUUCCAGCCCCUGGGCCUCCCCCUGCAUUCUAGAGCCCAGAGCCGCUGAGGCCGCUGCUGCUGCUGCUGCUGCUGCUGCUGCUGCUGCUGCUGCUGCUGCUGCUGCUGCGGGCCUCCCCACCUCUCCUCAGCCUCUGGCCAGCGCUGCUCCCCCUCCCCUCCCACCCAGCAGCUCCUCUCACCUGGCCAUGACCCCAGCACCCCCAGGGACCCUGGCCCAGCCCUGAGCCCUGGAACCUGCAGCCCCCUCCCCUGGGCCAUGGCCAACUCAGGCCUCCAGCUCCUGGGCUACUUCCUGGCCCUGGGUGGCUGGGUGGGCAUCAUUGCCAGCACAGCCCUCCCGCAGUGGAAGCAGUCCUCCUACGCGGGCGACGCCAUCAUCACGGCCGUGGGCCUCUACGAAGGGCUCUGGAUGUCCUGCGCCUCCCAGAGCACUGGGCAGGUGCAGUGCAAACUCUAUGACUCACUGCUCGCCCUGGAAGGUCACAUCCAGUCAGCGCGAGCCCUGAUGGUGGUGGCCGUGCUCCUGGGCUUUGUGGCCAUGGUCCUCAGCGUGGUCGGCAUGAAGUGCACUCGGGUUGGAGACAGCAACCCCAUCGCCAAGGGCCGCAUCGCCGUCUCUGGGGGUGUCCUCUUCCUCCUGGCAGGCCUCUGCACUUUGACAGCUGUCUCGUGGUAUGCCACCCUAGUGACCCAGGAGUUCUUCAACCCCAGCACACCUGUCAACGCCAGGUAUGAGUUUGGCUCGGCCCUGUUCGUGGGCUGGACGUCCGCGGGCCUGGCCAUGCUGGGGGGCUCCUUCCUCUGCUGCACGUGCCCGGAGCCUGAGAGAUCCAACAGCAGCCCGCAGCCUUACCGGCCUGGCCCCUCGGCUGCCGCCCGAGAGCACCCACCCUGCGCUCUGAGACUCAGACCCAGACACUCAGAGGGAGGCCAGAGGCAGGCCCCAGCCCACAGGAGCACACGCCUGUCCUGGUGCAGGUGUGGACCCGUCUGCACAGCACACGGGCACCAGCACGUUUCCUGUCCAGACCAGUUGUUAAGUUGUCCGCCUCCGCCAAGGGCCCCCUGGGUGUGUAAUGUCCAGGUCCCCAAUCUGACUCUGUCCCCCCGGCCACACUUAGGCCGUGUGUUUGGUAUUGUUUGGAAAGAGAAGUGAACAUCCAGCCCCAACUGUGGUGUCAUUUGAUGUGCCCCUGGCAUGGCUACGGUGGGUCUUGGCUCGGAGAGGUCAGAGCUGGUCCCUGGGGUCUUUGGGCAGCAAGACGGGGAGACAGACCUGCAGGGUGGGUUACAUGGCACAUCCAGUGCUGAUCGGGGCUCCAGUAACCUCCCUGGCCUGACACUUACCUCAGAUCUGGGGCGAGGGGACCCUGGAGGAGCUCACUACAUGGAGAGGGACCUUAGGGCCUUUCAGCCACAAAGACUGUCCUGAGCAAGGUUGCAAGCCCCCUAAUGCUGUCCCUUCUUCCACAUCCACUCUUCCUCCUCUCCAGUCUGCCGAGGUCCCCCUACAUCCCCGCCCUGGAUCCAGAGUAGAGAGGGGCGGCCUCAGGCAGAAGGGUGCGGUCCACGCUGGAGGGGCUUUCGGUCUUGAAGUAUAGAUACUUCCUUAGUGUAGAAGGAGACGUCCUCAGAGAGCUAGCUGUAGGGAAGAUUAACCCAGAUCAGCACCUCCCCUCAUGCUCAGGCCUCGCCUGCCCCAAACAUCCUCCCUGGCCCCGAGUCUCUGGCCACUGGCUACCCUCUGUCUCCCAUCUGGAAAGA